UAGCAGCCGUACCGUCUGCGAGGUAAAAUUGUGGUGAAUCAUUACAAGAUAGACUUUAGUGGCAGCCACCACUCUCAUCGGUUCUGACAGCUAGUGAAGAUGCACUGUUUAUGUUGUGUUUCUCUAUAAGUGAGUGAAUAUUAUUUUCCCAAGGAAAUAAAUUUGAAAAGUGAGCGGACCUAGUUCGUCUUCAAGCGUUUGAAAGACCUUGGCGAAAUAAGCUCACCUGUAAUGAUUACUUUCUCAUCAUGUAGACCUGCACUUACUUGGAUUUAAGGUGUGAAAUAUUUAAAAAAAGGAAGAUGUCGUCUAGACAGACAUUGGCGAAGGCUGUUUAUGACAACUAUGCGGAAACACCAGAUGAGGUGGCGUUUCGUCGAGGUGAUAUCCUAACUGUGCUUGAACAAGACACUGGUGGACUGGAAGGAUGGUGGCUGUGCUCCUUCCGUGGAAAACAGGGCAUAGCUCCUGGCAACCGAUUGAAACUGUUGACAGGGAUGCAUGAAACAGGGGAUGUAACUCUGGAUAACAGUCGAACAUCAAAUUCAAGCUUCGAUAUGGGCAAAAUGGUCACUUUGCCGCGGAGAAUGUCUGAUAAUGUCCGAACUACUAACACAAAUGACUAUGAUGUGCCGCCAACACGAAACCUUAACGACUCUUCAUAUAACCAUUCUUUACAUGAACAAACCAAUUACGACACUCCACCAAGUGCUAGGAAUGAGUCUGGACUAAAUACAUCCAGUUUUGACCAAUCUCUGUAUGAUACGCCACCCUCACAUAAGUCCUUUAGUUCUCCACAGGGCUCUAUGUAUGAUGUACCACCCAGUGGAGGGGAGAUGUAUGAUGUGCCUGCACCUUCAUCUAACCGAUCAAGCAUCCUAUCUAAUCUGUCACAUCUUUCUAACGAGUCAACGAUGACUUACAGUAGUAGCAACUUUUCAAAUAAAAGUCAUAGUCACAACUCAGAUCCUGCAAGCAUGUGCGACUCUGCUCGUUCAAGCAUGGACAUUUCUCCACAGGAUUUCUACGAUGUGCCACCCUCUCAUCAGGAAUCGCGUCACAUGACACUGAAUCAUAAUAAACAACCUUCUGCUGAUUCUGGGCUUGACUUAUAUGACUCUCCACCCAAAGUACGAAUGAUGCCUGAACCAGCAGAUCAGCAGGACUAUGAUGUGCCGCGCUCCGAUUAUGACACUCCAAAGUCCAUCAGUGCUACAGAUGCAGACAGGACAUUAGAACGUCAAAAAUCUCGUAAUCUGUAUGAUGCAUCUAAAACCAUUUCUUGUGAUAAACCCGAUCCAAAGGAACAUGAUAUUGAUGAUGUGUAUGAUGUGCCUCCAAGUAAUGCUCCUGUGCGGAGCAGACUUCCUUUCCAAACCAAAGGGGAAACAGGUUCUCUGUUAAAAGGGGACACUAGCACCCUUGAUAACAGCUGUUCUCUCCUUAGUGAUAUGAGUCUAAAGGUUGACCCGACAGGUGUUUAUGAUAUUCCUCCCCAGGUUACACGAGAUUCUAUGCUGUCAUCAAAGUCUGAAUCAUCUGAUGGAAUUGAUGACAAACGUCUAUCGAUAUGCAGUGUUGAUUCUCGGAACUCUGACAUACCAAUUUAUGAUGAAUUGCCACUAGAUUUGGAUGCAGCUAUGGACCUUAUGGUAAAACUGCAACAGGAUGUUCAAAGGGCUACUACAAAAUUGUCAAGUUUUGUCAGCAGUGUCUGGAGAACCAAAAACAACCUAGAACCAAAUAUCUAUGCCAUCAAGUUGGCUUCAAAUGGGGUGAAAAACUCCCUUGACGAGUUUCUAGCAUUUGCGCAAGGCACUUUGGCCAAUUCUGCAAGACUUCCUGAGAGUAAACUCAUUAAUAAAUUACAUAGACACCUUCAUCCCUUACAACAAACAUUGGUUAAAGUGAAGGGAUGUCUAAAAAAUCUAGAGGAGAGCAACUGGCAGCUUACAACGCUUGUAACCGAGGAUGCAUCAAAGAACGAUGAUCUCAACACCAUUGCCACAGUGUCGAAAGACCUAACAGCUGAUGUUAGAAAACUUGUGUCUUUGAUUCACGGUAAUUCACCACUACUGUUUAAGCGAGCAUCUGACAUCCCAGGAUAUGUGGUGGAACCAAGCUCAACUAGCUCUGUGGAGACCUGUUCUGCUGAAUCCAAACCUCCAAUACAGCCUAAACCUGUAUUGCCACCAAAACCAGGAGCUGUGGGCAAGCCAGGGAGCUUACAACACAGACCACUACCUCCACCUCCUCCUAAGGAACGGCCGCUACCCCCAACUCCAUCAGACAAGAAAAGCUUGAUGGAUGGGGAUAAGCGCAUGUCAGGUGAAUUUCAGCGAAAUUCUGAUGAUUUCCGAAGAUAUUCUGCUGAGUUCAAACGACUUUCAAUGGAGUUGAAAAACAAACAAAAUGAAAGCAAAGAAAAGGAUCUUGUUGAGGAAUAUGAUUAUGUGCACUUAGAAGCAAGAGAUGUUGAUGAGCAAAUGAAACGAAAAACCAGUUCAGAAAUAAGAGGAGAUGUUCAUGAAAUGCCAGUGCGAGACACUAGCUUAUCAGCUAAAACAAACAUGGAUGCAAAAUCAUCCGAUAAUCAUAUAAUACCAACUAAUCCUGAUAUAGACCAACCAGAUUCUGAUAAAGAAAGAAUGGUAGGACCGGUUAAUAUACGAUAUGAAAGUCCAAAAAUGACACAGACAGUGACACCAACUAUUAUAUUGGACCCUAAUGAUAAACAGGUGCUUUUCUUUUAUUCUGGACAAUUGGAAACACAUUCAACGCUUCUCAUGAAUGCUGUUGAUGCUUUCUUUGCAUGUAUAGAAAAAUGCCAAGGUCCAAAAGUGUUCAUAUCACAUAGUAAGUUUGUGGUGGUGUCCGCUCACAAGCUCGUGUACAUAGGAGACAGUCUUCACAAAAAUCUCAUGAAUAAUGAGAUCAAAAACAAGAUCAUGCAUUGUGCAAAUCAUUUAUGUAACUGUCUGAAAGCAGCAGUCACAACGACCAAGACUGCUGCCCUUCAGUACCCAUCUGUUCCAGCAGUACAGGACAUGGUUGACAGAGUUACAGACGUGUCUCAUGCUGUGUAUGAAUUAAAACAUGUGAUAUCACAGGCAGCGGCUUUAUAGCACCCAGUGUGAACAUUCAUUUGUAGGUUUAAACUUUUUUUUUCAUUUUUUUUGUUUUUGUUUUGAAUUUUCAGCCUUUCACAAAAUAAAAAAAAAUCGAACUACAUAUUAUAAGAAGAGGGAACCGUCCAGUACCACGCCAUUGUAUCAGUGUUUAAUGUGAUUAAGGGGAGGCAACUUUUAUAAAAAUAUUUCAAAGGAAAAAGUACUUUACGCGGGAGGUAACUCCUUCUUUCUUUAAAUGUUACUCUCAGAUCUCUUUAUAAAAAAGUGCUGGUUCUUUUUAGUUUAUUUUUGUUCUACAUUUCCUCCAUGUUUUUGUUUGAAUAUGUUACGUUUGAGAAGUCAUGGUGAUGUGCUUGUAUGUUGUGUUAAAAUUAUUAAGUGAUGCGAUGGGACUUCAAUGUCUAAUAAAUUGAGACAUUUAAUACAAUUUGUAAAAAUUAAUGAAAAGUUUGUUGUCAAAUGCAUUUUCCUUGUAUAUCUGCAUUAACUAAGUUCAAGCAGAAAAGUUUUUUUUGGUUGCUAUGCCAAUUUAUACUUUCUGAAGUAGAAUAAGUAAUUUUUGUUUAUGUAUUAAAUUUCAGUUAAAGAUAAUUAUGUAAUAAUAUCUGUGGUACAAAAUUUGGAUUCAAUAUGAAAUAGUCUGAACUUGUCAUUAUCAGGUAAAUGAGAAAUGUUUUAGGAUUUACAUUGAUAAUUGAAAGCUAUUCAUUUGUUAUAAAAAUCAUUAUAUUAAUUUUCUGUUUCAAGAUGAUCUUUCGUCUUAUUUAUUUUGGUUAGACUCUAUAGGUGACCAACAGUAAAUUGUACGUUUGUACGAGGUUGGAGGUGUUUCAUAGUUUGUCUAGAUUCUCUUAAAAACCUCAUUGUUCAUUGAUGUCAACCUAAUUAGUUCAAAUGUUUAUGUGAUUUCAAAGAUGUAUAUGACCAAAAAAUGUUCAUCAAAAAAAGGGAUAAUUACAGUUUUUGAAACAGGACAUAAUUUGUAUCUUCCUGAUAGUAACUCUUCAUAAUUGGAGGUUAAAAAUAUAUUAUUGGAGCUAUAAUAAGGAAAGUCUGUGAUGUCUUGAUAAAAAGAAGAGAAAAUGAUGAAAUGAAUUGUACAUAUUGAAAUAUAUUUUAAUAUAACUUAACGACAAAUAAAAAGUGACUCUGCUACAUUAUGCUGGGUUAAUUUAUUUGAGAAAUAGAUCAUCACUGUUGCCGUGUAUCAGUUUUUGAUCUUAUAUAUAUAUUUGUAUAUGUAACACUGUCUACAUUUGUACUAGAAAGUGCCUUUAUUUAAUCGUUGCCUUAUAAAACAUGCAUCUUUAUUAGGAUAUUCAGUAAGAUCUGCGUGUCCAGAAAAGAUCAGGAUUCUUUGUAACACCAUGUCAUCAUUUUCAUUUCUUAUUCUUACUUAUAAACAGAUUCUUACAUACGUCAAUUCAAAAAUGUAGAUAUCUGGCUCAAAGGGAGAUAACUUUAAUUGUAUUCAAUAUCACAACAGAUGUAGUUUUCAUUUCAAAUAUGCUUGUAUUUGAUAAAUUGUUGUUAUAUUCUUAGUGUUGUUAGUAAUAGGAAACAGUAAAUUUCAAAUCAAAACAGGACACAUGUUGUUACCCACAAUAAAUUCAAAGCUCUUAUAUUACAAGGUUCAGAUUUAAAUGGUAAAUUCUACCAAACAAAAUUUGAUAAUUCUACUGCCAUUUGAAUGAUUUAAAAUAAAGGAUAGUCAUAGGUGAAACAAAUUUUAUAUCUCCCUUUGAUAUUCUUUAAUGCUUAGUUAAAGUAAUAUAUCUAUAGAAAGGUUAACUUGAGAUUGACCUCAGGGUGACCUUAUGUUGACCUUUGUGUAAAUGUUACUAUUUAUAAUAUAGCUGCCAGAGAAGCAAUGUAACCAGCAGAUGUUUACAUCUCUAUAAGGUUUAUGUGUCUAUAUUGCUGAGCAAUAAAGUUACGUAUGAUAAUAUGAA